CAUUUCAUUUGAGUUUAUGGAAAAUCAACUCUCCAGAGGCAUGUUUUUGCCUUUUCCAGUUUAGAAACAGUAGCUCAGAGUACACCAGUCCCUGAAUAGGGACAGUGCAUUCCCAGAAUGCUGUUGACUCUUUUCUCCACUGACCUGUGUUUUUCCUGGGUCUCUCCCAAGACUAAUGUGCACACUGGGAUUUACACAGCUGUUUCUGGAAUUCAAGACUUUCCUGAGGUUAUGCACAUGGCAAUGGUCAAUGGAAUUAAAAUAAGUUCUGGUGACAGUAAAACCGGUCAGUGCAUCCCUGGCCAGCAGUUCAUGGUAGAAUCCUUCAAUGCGAAAUUCUGGGAUUCUGUCACAAACCUGGUGAACAGACAUGCAAGCACAGCAAAGGAAAUUUUGAGUACAAUAAUGAAGAGGACAAACCAGACAUCUGGAAUUCACACUUUUCAACGGAUAACUACUGUUGAGGUCAGUGAUGAUGGAAGCAUUAAGAGAUCGAUGAGAUUCGGAUUUGAUGGAAAGGAUUUUAUUAGUUUAGAACCAGACAGAAUGAAAUGGAUCGCAUCCAAUCACAUUGCAGUGAUGACUAAAGAGAAAUGGGAUUCAGAUAAAUCCUGGAACAACUACUGGAAAGUACAUCUGGAAGAGGUACUUGUUCAGCAUUUAAACAGAUAUCUAGAAGCAGCAAAGGGAUUUUUCAAAAGGAAAGUUCAGCCUGAAGUGUUCAUCUCCAGGAGUGAGCCCAAUCAUCAGGACAAGCCGCUCACUCUCUCCUGCCUAGUCACUGGAUUUUAUCCUGUAGACAUCGAGGUGACCUGGCUAAGGAAUGGAGAGGUCAUGUCUGAGACACAAUCCUCGGGGAUUCGACCAAACCACGAUGGGACCCAUCAGAUCCAGAAAGAGAUUGAAAUCAAUCCUGGGGAUGAGGAUCAAUAUUCCUGUCAAAUUGAACACAGCAGCCUGUCAGAGGCCAAGUUCUAUCAGUGGGAAAUCCCACAAAACAGCGUGGAACAUUUCCAUCUUGUAAUUGUGAUUGGAAUAGUCAUUGUAAUAGCUGCAAUAUUUGGAAUAAUCCUCUGGAAAAGGCCAUGGAGAGGUAAGAAGCCCAGAGAGGGGAAUGUAGAAGUGAGG